CUCUCUCCUCCAUAAGUCUCAACCUUUACGGUUGCGGAAUCCAGAUCCAUCGAUUUCGGCUCGGACAUUCAACGGCCUCUUCUUUUUCCAUUGCUGCCUACUUCAGCAGCACUUAUCUCGCUCUUCCUACGAUCCGGACAAUUCGAGCUUUCGGCAGCGACCGUCAGCAGCUAGCCGGGCCUGCGGGUCUCCUCAUCGCAGGGACGUGCAUCGCCCUACUCUUUAUCCGCCGGCCGCCAUUUCUCUCCCCGACAGUGACGAACGCAUUACCGACAUAUAUUUUCUCCAGCGCCUGUAGCGGCACGAUUGAAGCCACCCAACUCGAACUCUGGCGAUGAACACGAAAGCCGCCCCGGGAGGCCUCGCCAGCCUCCGCCCUGCGGUGCUGGGCUUGGGGCGAGUAUUCGGCCUCUGCUUUACGGCAGUUUCGGCGGCGCCUAUAUCGUCGCAAGAGCGUCAUGAGGAGCACACAGACACUCCCGUCUGGGUACUGGCCGUCGCGUCGAUGACGCUUGUUUUGCUGGGCGGCGCAUUCGCCGGCUUGACCAUCGCGUACGUGACUGGCCUCCAACCUUGGCAACCGUGACACGAGUUACUGAUACCGUAGCAGAUUGAUGGGCCAAGACUCCAUCUACCUCCAGGUCGUCUCUGGCGAUCCUACCGAGCCGCAACACAAGAACGCGGCGCGAGUCCUUCGGC